AGGGAAGCUGUUCCACAGGCCCCCUCUCUUGGCCGCUUUGAUGUGCUGCUGCUGAGCUUUGAAGUUGAGAAAUGCGGGCUAUGUUUCUUGUUUGUGGGCGAGAAAUACGGCGAGAUAGAUAAGAAGCUUAUGUGUGCGCGAGUGUGUGUAUGAAUGUACCAAUGUGUAGCCCAGAUUUAUAAAAAAAAAAAAAAAAAAAGGCGAAUAUUUGUCGGUCGUUGCGUCUUCUGCUGGCUGGAUGUAUUCUUCGGUCGGAUUCCCCCCCCACCUUCCCUCCACCUCCUCUAGAUUUUGACACCCCCAGUGAUCUACAUAGGGACUGAGCCUGCCUACUCUGAGGUCAGUUGUUGAAUGGGACGGGGUACAUUAAACUACAGCGCUUCUUCUGCAGAUAGGACACAUGUGGCACGGCGCAAGCUUCACGUAGUCCGUCACUGAUUCAUUAUCAUUAUCUUUUUUUUGUACUGGAUUACUGUUCUGGAGAGUUUCUGGACUGCGUUCGACUCGACUGAAAAUGGAGUAAUACUUCUAACUUUUUAACGGGUUUUCCUCCGGUUGGAUCUGCUCUGCGAUGAGUGAAGAGGAGCUGAGAAGCUCCCCCGCUGCUUUUAGAGAGUGAGGAGGAUUAGGCUGGAGCUCAGUGGAGGCACGACGGCACUCUCACACGGCAACCAGAGCUGGAGCCAUGAGCAGGGCGCUUACGGAGCACAUCAGCAGUAGCUUCCGAGAAGAUGCUCCUCGUCCUCCGGUGCCGGGGGAAGAGGGAGAGGCGUCAUGCUACAACCCCAGCAGAGCUGCCAAAAUGAGAGCCCAGAGCAAGGUUAAAGAUAUCCCCGCUGCCGCGCCUCCCGGCUCCACACCGCGGAGGAACGAGGAUGGACUCGGGGAGCCAGAGGGCAGCGCGUCCCCGGACUCACCCCUAGUCCGGUGGACGAAGUCGCUGCAUUUCCUCCUGGGCGACCAAGACGGCGCUCACCUCUUCAAGACCUUUCUGGAGCGGGAGAAUUGCGUGGACACUUUGGACUUUUGGUUCGCCUGCAACGGCUUCAGGCAAAUGGACUUAAAGGAUACCAAAACGUUGCGAGUUGCCAAAGUUAUUUUCAAGCGGUACAUCGAGAACAACAGCAUUGUCGCCAAGCAGCUGAAACCGGCCACCAAGACCUUCAUAAGGGAUAGUAUUAAGAAGCAGCAAAUAGACUCUGCCAUGUUCGACCAAGCACAGACGGAAAUCCAGUCGAACAUGGAAGAGAACGCAUACCAGAUGUUUUUGACCUCUGACAUAUACCUCGAAUACGUGCGCGCCGGCUGCGAGAACGCCGCGUACAUGAACCACGGCGGUCUGGGCAGCCUCAAGCUGAUGUGCGGAUACCUUCCUCCCCUCAUGGAGGAGGAGGAAUGGAGUUGUAGCGACCUGAAGGCGAAAACGUUGGGCUCCGUGGUUGGACUGUCCGCGAAAAACCUGAGGGCUACCGCUACCAUCCGGACCGCCGCUGAAGUGCUGGAGAACAGCUGCAGGUCCCACCGCCGAGGAGACCCUGCAAGCCCCUACUUUGUCAACUCCGGCUACAUUUUUGCCCCCGCCACCAGUGCCAACGACAGCGAAAUCUCCAGCGAUGCCACGACGGACGACUCCAUGUCCAUGACGGACAGUAGCGUAGAUGGGAUCCCUCCAUACAAGCUGGGCACCAAGAAGCAGCUCCAGAGAGAUAUCCAUCGCAAUGUCAAGAUCAAUGGCCAGGUUACGCUACCCCACUUCCCUAGGACGCACCGGCUGCCUAAGGAGAUGACCCCCGUCGAGCCCUCGGCCUUCGCCGCCCAGCUCAUAGCCAAGCUGGAGAAGCUGAAGCGGGAGCAGGACACGAUGAGCUCGCUGGAGGAGAGGCUGCAGCAGAUCCAGGAGGAGGAGGAGAGAGAAGAAAGCAACGGCACCCCCCUCUAUCACCCCCUGCUCCCGUCUGGUAGCCAGUGCGAGGAAGACCCACAAGCUAUACUGGACGAGCACCUGUCACGCGUCCUGAAGACGCCCGGCUGCCAGUCGCCCGGCGUGGUCCGGCACUCGCCGCGCUCGCGCUCACCGGACCGGACGGGCGCCGUGGUGCCCUCCGGCCAGGGGCCCUUCUUCGGUGCUUAUCCCGGGGCCGCAAAAGUCCUGAUGACGGGCAGGCAGUCCACAAAGCACAUCCACCACCACUACAUCCACCAUCACCACGCUGGGCCGAAGACCAAGGAGCAGAUCGAGGCCGAGGCGGCUCAGCGCGUGCAGUGCCUCUGCCCUCAAGGGGGCGCCAAUUAUUCCGACUUCACACCUGCUCGCUGCAGCACUUUCUCCAAGCGGCCGGUCAAGGCCUCCGACGAGGGCGCGUCUUCGCCGCGGCUUCCCCUCGUCGCCUCGGACCGCUCUCAGAACGUCUGGCAGUGGAUCCUAGAGAGUGAGAGGCAGGGGAAGCACAAGCCACACAGCACUCAAGGCCUGAAGAAGUCGAACCCGCUCGACUCGAAGAGCCUGCCCGUUCGAACCUCCUGGGGUGGAGGCGGCAUCGGCAACGGGGCUCACCUCCGCAGCCACCACCCGGGCCACCCGUUCAUCCAGGACCCGGCCAUGCCGCCCCUUCCCCCGCCCAACACCCUCGCACAGCUGGAGGAGGCCUGCCGCAGGCUAGAAGAAGUUUCCAAGCCGCCCAAACAAAGGCAUUCAACGGCAGCCAGCAGCCUUCAGAAAGACAGGAGCCAUCCAACAGCUGCCUUCCCCGCUGGAGGCAGCACUCAAGCCAGCCCUGGACUCCAAGCAGACGAGUCUAAGGAGCUGGUGGUCACCUACUUCUUCUGUGGCGAGGAAAUUCCAUAUCGCAGCAUGAUGAAGACCCACUGCCUCACCCUGGGUCACUUCAAGGAACAGCUCAGCAAGAAAGGCAACUACCGGUACUACUUCAAGAAGGAAAGUGAUGAGUUCGAGUGCGGCGCGGUCUUCGAGGAGGUGUGGGAGGACGCCAGCGUGUUGCCCAUGUAUGAGGGAAAGGUGCUGGGCAAGGUGGAGAGGAUGGACUAAAGGCCGCCUUGUUGUCACCCGACCAACCAACGCCCCUCCCUCCCUUCCUCCCCUCCCCUCCAACCAAAAGCUAAACCCACCCUAAAAAACUUGAGCACGAGACUCUGUCAUUCGCAAGAAAAAAAAAAACACUCUGGACUUCUUCUUUUUUUUUUUUUGUUUUUUUUUCUAUUUCUUAAUAUUAAGCUAAACAGAGUUAAUAUAUCCAGCACAAGAGGAGUGAUUGAAGGAAGACGAGCCAAUGAAGUAUGCCGAACCCAGAGGAGGAGCCGCCCCUCCCUGACUUUCUCAACCAAUCAGCCUUAGAAACACAAGGGAACGACGAGAGACUUUAAAGACCAAGAUGAUGAUGAUGAUGAUGAUGAUGAUGAUGAUGGGAGGCCAGUCGGGGGGAGACCCCGCCUCUUCUUGAAUAUAACCACUGAAGAUGUAGAUGAGUGUUGUUUUGUGAUGUGAUGACGGACUGACAGCGGGCGCCGACGACGCGGCGCCAACCGACCUGCUCUUAACAUCACACUCCAACAUCGUUACAAAAACGUCCAUACGUGUGCAUAUACAUACAUGCAUAUAUGUAUAUAUACAUGUAUUAUAUAUUUAGAUGCUUUUUGUCAUGAGUUGAAAGUUUUUAUUGAGUAUUUAUUGAGAAACAAAACACAACCCCUCCCUUUUUAUUACCUGAGUCUCCUUAAACCCGUACCCCCCCCCCCACUCCUUAUUUCCAGCCAAUGGGCAAGCUGCUUUGAAUGUUGGGAGAAUACUGUGGUGAUUUAGUGUUUGUUUAUUUUUAUGUCACACAAGAGGACGUGACGCUAGCCUAGCGCCUCCCGUAGCCUUGUAGCCACGUCCGACCCAAACUAACAACCUUUAGCGGUGGUCUCGUCCGAGGCGCUCCCUCCACGGCUCUAACGGUCAAUCCCAGUCUUAUAUGCUGCUGAUAGUUUGUAACGUUAAGUUCGUCACACGAGCAUUUCCUCUGCCCCCCCUCCCCCUCCCUCCCCUUUUCCCUUUGUCUCAGUCCGGCGACAGAGCUCAGUCUUUUUGUUGUGCCUUUGUUUGUAGACCAGGCAUUGCACAGGGAUGGGGAUGGGGGGGGGCGGGGGGGUUGGAAACAGUCGCCCACAGAGAGGAGACCUGGAGCACAAGUCGUACCAUCUAAUAAUGGCAGUGUUUACAGCCCGCGCACCAAAAUAACUUGUGCUAACAAGAAUCAGUUUGGGUCACUGAGAACGACUUCUUGAGGAAGUCACCGAGCGAGUCGGGGAAAAGAAAAAAAAAAAAAAGAAAGAAAAAACGUUGAAGAAUCAUGGCUCCAGUAUCUUUUGAAUGUCGUUACAAUAACACCGUAUAUAGCAGAGCUCCUGUAUACAUUGUAAUUAUGCAUUCUGAAAUAUGGAUACUUACACACGUGAUGCACACACACACACACACUCGCUGGUGUUUUAUGAGUACAGCACCUGUGCCUACAUGGAUGCCAUACCAUGUGCUGCCCUGUUUCAGGGUUUUAAUAUAUAUCCCUUGGUUUUCAGAAGGGUUUUAUGUUGAAAAGAUAUUUUUAUGCUUUUAAUAAUAUCCUGUAAUCAUGUUUUUGUUUUUACACCACAGCGUUUUUUGUUGUCAAUUUCUUUCAUUCUAUCUAAACUGUAAAUUAAACAUUAUAUAAAGAGAUUCAUUUAAAGAUUUACAUGGACCUAUAAUUAUUGUAAUUAUUGAGAGACGUAGCCUUUAUUAAAGUUUUAUAUUUUUCAAAUGAAA